AGCGCGAGAAGGGUCAGGCGCGCAGGGCGUCCGCGCAGCUCGGCUCCGGGAAGGGCGCGCAGCCUCCGCCUCCGGGAUGCGGCCGCCCGCGCUGCUGGCGCUGCUCGGCUGCUCUGCGGCUUUUGCUUUGGUGUCUGAAGAGAUAAAAGAAAAAGUCAAGCCUCCUCAGGACUUGGAGCAAAGUAGUCUACCAAAGGAACAUGACAUAGACUUAAAAGAAAUUGUGUUUGUCAUCCAGAGUCAAAGUAAUCCUUUUCAUGCCAGGAGAGCAGAACAGUUGAAAAGAAACAUUUUAAAACAGGCUGCAAAUCUGACACAGGAUCUCCCCCGAGUCCUUCUUCUCCAUCAGUUGGCGAGGCAGGAGGGCGCUUGGACCAUCCUUCCCUUGUUGCCACACUUUUCUGUAUCGUACAGCAAGAAUUCAGCGUGGAUUUUCUUCUGUGAAGAAGAGACAAGAAUACACAUCCCCAGGCUCCUAGAAGCACUCAGACAAUACGACCCAUCUAAGGAAUGGUUUUUAGGAAAGGCACUACAUGACGAAGAAUCAACGAUCAUUCACCAUUAUGCCUUCUCUGAGAACCCUACAGUCUUUAAGUACCCCGACUUUGCAGCUGGCUGGGCCCUCAGCAUUCCACUUGUAAACAAGCUCGCCAAGAGACUGAAGAGUGAGCCCCUGAAAUCUGACUUCACCAUAGACUUAAAGCACGAGAUUGCACUCUACAUCUGGGACAAAGGCGGAGGACCUCCCCUCACUCCUGUGCCUGCGUUUUGCACGGAUGAUGUGGACGCCCACUGCGCCACCACAUUCCGCUCUUCUCUUCCGCUCUGCGGAGCACCAGUGAAGAAGGAGGAGAUUUUUGUUGCAGUGAAAACAUGCAAGAAGUUUCAUGCUGACAGAAUACCCGUUGUAAAAAAGACAUGGGCAGCACAGGCGAGCCUCAUUGAAUACUACAGCGACUUUGCGGAAGAUGCCAUUCCCACUGUGGACUUGGGGAUUCCCAAUACAGAGAGAGGUCAUUGUGGAAAAACAUUUGCCAUUUUGGAAAGAUUUCUGAAUCGCAGCCAUGACAAAAUAGCGUGGCUAGUCAUUGUGGAUGACGAUACCUUAAUCAGCAUCUCCAGGCUCCGACAUUUGCUUAGCUGCUAUGACUCCGGCGAUCCAGUGUUUCUGGGUGAGCGCUAUGGCUACGGCCUGGGCACAGGUGGCUACAGUUACAUCACAGGAGGAGGCGGCAUGGUCUUCAGCAGGGAAGCCAUCCGGAGGCUUCUUGCCAGCAGCUGCCGAUGCUACAGCAACGACGCUCCGGAUGACAUGGUCCUCGGCAUGUGCUUCAGUGGGCUGGGGGUCCCCGUGACACACAGCCCCCUCUUCCAUCAGGCUCGGCCAGUAGACUACCCUAAGAGCUACCUCUCUCAUCAAAUUCCCAUAUCAUUUCACAAACACUGGCACAUUGACCCGGUGAAGGUGUAUCUCACGUGGCUGGCACCCAGCGAGGGAGACAGAGCCGCGCAGAAGACACAGAAAGAUCCAAGAGAAGAACUGUAGAACUCAGUCUGGGAAGAGAGGAGCCGCGAGGUCCACCUGUCUGCUGAGCUGUGGUCCGGCUGCUCGCGUAUGCUGUGUGAGGUAGACACUUCCCAGCACAUGUGGAAAUACGGUCAUUUUGGAGUCCCCAUGGACUCA